GGUAGAGCAGACUGCGAAAACAGUCGUGUUUUUGUUUAUGGGAAUUCGCUUUGUGAGGGAAAUGGUUCAUUCAACUUGGAAAAGACAAAGAGGAUUAUUUAUUCACACGAGGUGAUAAAGUGCAGCAGAUUCGACGAAUGAUUGUUCGGGGGUUUUUCGGAUUCUCGAGCUCUCAGUGAUUGUGGGGAGAGGUUGAUUGUGGUAGAUUAUAGAGCAACAAUUGAGGGUUUUACGUUGGGAAACAUCGAUUUUGUAAUUAUUGACAUAAAAUAUUUGAAUAACGAAGUUACAGGCGUUUGUCUUGGUUAAUAAGGAAACUCAGCUCAAUAAUUGUCGAAUUAAUUGUCGAUUUCGAGUAGUACUGCAGCUGAGGUUAUUAAAAAUUAAGGACAAUGGCAUCGCAGAGGGAGAGACGUGCCAAUGCCGGCAAUAAAAUGGCAAAAUUAUUGAAUGAAGAGGAGGAAGAUGAAUUCUACAAAACGACGUACGGGGGAUUUGAGGAGGUGGAGCAGGAUAAUGAUUACAUGAUGGAGGACGAAGCAGAAGACGAGGUGGAUUCCGACUUCAGUAUAGACGAGAAUGACGAGCCAGUUUCGGACCAGGAACAAGACGAACCCAAAAAGAAGCGUAGACUCGUGACAAAAGCGUACAAAGAGCCAAAGCCAGCAGCGCCGGCACAGUCAACCCCGAAGGAGAAGAAACCAAGAGCCCCCAGAGACAAAAGAUUCCUGAACGACAGCAGAGAGAGAAAGUCGCUGCGAAGAUCCACAGCAUCAAAAUCAGCAGCAACAGCGAAGAGAUUACGCCAGAGGAACGAGGAUCAGAGAAGAAAAGUCAAAGUUCGUCGUCACGAGGACUGGAAGCCCACUCAGGAGGAGCUCCUCGAGGAAGCCCUGGAGACUGAAAAAAUUAACCUGAAGUCAUUGGAGAAGUACCAGAAGCUGGAGAGUGAGAAGAAGAACGUGAGGACUGUCAGGAAGACCCAUUCCCACCCCAUAAUUCGUUAUCAGUCGUUGGCAAUGCCUGUGAUGGUUUUGAAGAAUCUAGCUGAAAAGGAAAAGGAAAAAGAGAAGGGGAAAGCAGCUGAUGGAGACGAGGGAAAGCCCAGUGACUCUGAUGCCAACACCAACGACCCUGAGAAAUCAACACCAGAGGAGUCCGGCAAAUCGGAGGAACCAGACAAAGAGACUGAUUCAUCCAAAAAAACAAAUUCAUCAGAGAAGACAGAGGAGGUCAAUGGCCCAGAGGUCGAGGCUGAGCAGACUGGCGAACGAUACGAGAGGACUUUCAUAACUUUCGAGACUGAGAAGAUGUUCCAGAAGGCGUUCAAGAGGAAACCCCAGCCCAGGCCCACCCUCAAGUCCCUCUGUGCAAUCACGAGACUGCCAGCCAAGUACAUAGAUCCAAUAACGAAUCUACCUUACAGGAAUGUUCAGACAUUCAGAUUGCUGCGAGAGGCGUAUUAUCAGCAACUCGAGGCUCGUGCUGAUGCUAAUGAUGCGGCUAGUAACCCAGAGUUGACGAAGUGGCUGGAGUGGAGGCGUCAGUAUCAACAGGGGGGAGUGCAGAAGAGCACUGUACGACUUGAACCUGCUUCAGCGUACUCCACUUCUUAGCUCGGGGACACUCCCACUGAUCUGGGAACGUCAGCUGCUUCCAAGCACAAUCCGAAUACUGUGUCGUGCUACGUCGUGCUGCUUAAUAAACAAUCCUAAGAUAUUUUUGUAGUGCGAAAGGGGGAAUUGUGAAUGAAGAAGUGAGAUCUAUAUAAUUGCUUUGUAGAUGAUGAAUCAAAUCAGUAGCGAAGUGGUAAAACGGUUCAAGUCGACUCAUCUCCCAGUUGA